AGUCUCGUUACGCAUGCCCGGGCGGCGGCGGGAAGCCACGGAAUUUACCGCCGGAAGUUCGGCGGCCAUCACCAAAGAGUGUGGAUUCGGCUAGCUGGCUAGAGGGCCUCGUUUCCGCCCAGCUAACGGGUGGGGGGGAAGGACGGCCAUCUUAAGGUGCGCCCAAUUAAAGGCUGUGGCGGGAUUGGCUCCGCUUUUGGGCUCGUCUUCUGCUUUCCGCCUACCAGGGUGGAUCCGGAGCUCUUCCCCGCGGGGCGGGGACCUCCAAACCGCCGACUUCUUUCCAGGUGAAGGGUAACCAGGGGGUACGUUGGCCGAAGAAAUACUUAAAUUCUGGAAGUAGCGACUCGGUAUCAUGGCCAGCAGCCUUAAUGAAGAGCCAGAAGGAAGCAGAAUCACGUAUGUGAAAGGAGACCUUUUUGCAUGCCCCAAAACAGACUCUUUAGCCCACUGUAUCAGUGAGGAUUGUCGCAUGGGUGCUGGGAUAGCUGUCCUCUUCAAGAAGAAAUUUGGAGGGGUGCAAGAACUGUUAAAUCAACAAAAGAAAUCUGGAGAAGUUGCUGUUCUGAAGAGAGAUGGGCGGUAUAUAUAUUACUUGAUUACAAAGAAAAGGGCUUCACACAAGCCAACUUAUGAAAACUUACAGAAGAGUUUAGAAGCUAUGAAGUCUCAUUGUCUGAAGAAUGGAGUCACCGACAUCUCCAUGCCCAGGAUUGGAUGUGGUCUUGAUCGUCUGCAAUGGGAAAAUGUAUCUGCGAUGAUUGAGGAGGUAUUUGAGGCAACAGACAUCAAAAUUACCGUGUACACACUCUGAACAAAUGGACAUUUUGGAUGUGGCCGUAUUCUCCUUUGUCAUCCCUUCUGGGCCAUAGGACUGGGCAAACCGACCUUGAAAUAGGCAGAGGAAAGUUUCAUGUGAAGUAUCUAUCACAAGCCAGACAUGGGUUGUUGCAUUCCACUAUUUGGACUAGGACUCUGGAGGAGGGAUUGUUUGGGGUAUGUUGCUGUGUUUUGCAGAAAGCAAGGAGUAAGUGGCCUGUAAUAGGGAAACCAGAUUGUUGGGCCUAUGACCUUUUGCUUUGUUCUAGUAUGCUAACAGAUUUGUUUGGCUGGCCACUAGGUGGCAGCAUUUAAUCUACUUCUGCUUUUUAAGAGAAAAGUCAAGAAGGGUGUUCAUUUCAGUUAGUUUGGCAUUUUUUGUUUGUGCACUUAAGUUGGUGUUAUCAUUAUAUAAAAUUAAUCCUAGGUGAGAGUGAUGGGUUGCUUUGUUUCCGUUUUAAUCACAAAAUUGAGCUCUACACUGUUAACAAGUUUGUGGUGACAAAAAAUGAAAAUUAAAUCUUUUUCUUAGGGUUCAGUGA